AUGAAAAUUUCCGAUGUAGUGGUUGCACUCAAAGAAGUUGAGGUGACUCCAUCCAAGAUCCUGAAAAUGACACUAAAAAAGCAUCAAAAUGAAGACCACGCUCUCUAUGUUCUAUAUUUUCACAAGGAAAACGUUCAGCUAAACAAUCUGCGAAAGAUAAAGGCAGUAUUCCAUUGUAUUGUGCAAUGGAACUACUAUUCGAACAAGACAAAAGCUCCAGCUCAAUGCCGAAACUGCCAGUGGUUUGGGCACGGUUCUUCAACAUGCUUUCGACAACCAAAAUGUGUGAAAUGUGGAAACUCACACAAAACAUCCGAUUGCCCUUUGACUGCGGAUCGAGAGGGCAGAAACGUUAGAUUGCCUGACGAUCAGCUGAAAUGUGCGAACUGUGACCAACAUCACACAGCUUAUUUCAAGGACUGCGUGAAACGUAAGGAAUACAUCGAAGCCAGAAAUCUCCAGUUACAUCAGCAUAAGUCGCAGAGGAGCCGACUUGUGCCAUUCCAAAUGCAAAACUCGGCUUUCCCCCAGUUGCGGGGAAGUGGUGGUCGUCCCGCAAUCGAAUCCCCGGGGCAUCGUGGUCCUUCAUUCUCCAGCGUCCUGCAACGAGAAUACCAGGAAUCCCCCGUGUCCCCCCCGUAA